UUUCGGAAAGGGGGUCGUUUGCUCACAUUUGCUUGCGGUUGGCGCCCCAAAAUGAUCCGUAUUUACGCGUGUAAUCACUCGGUCGAAAAAAGUCAGGACGUAACGUUACUGAGGCGCUGCUGGUCCGUUUUAGGCCUGGGAGCCGCUUUGUCGUGGCAGAUAUGCAAGCCACCUUUCGAUUCGAACCUCGGACGCUUGAUCCGUUGCAGCCGAAACCAACGCAACAUCCAAGAGGUAACUCAAGAGUGACAUUGUCGUUCGUACCGUUUGGAGGGUCAUCACCGAUGCUAGAUGUGCAGCAGGGUAUCCCCCAGGAUGGGGGAUGAGAUCCCAGGCUCUGUCCAACUUGCUGUCGAUGGGGCAAUGGACCAGCUGGGCGAACUGCUGGUGUCGACCACCGACACGGGUGCUUCGGUGCCGCUGCGCCUGGUGCCCGUCGGGGGGGGACAGUUCCUGCUCGCCAAGCUGACCGAGGACCCGCCGGACGCGGUCGGGCUCGUCGGGGAUGCCUCGCCUGGCGACGAGGAGCUUAAGAGGCAGCUGGCGGCGGUGCAGGGUGAGGUGGUGGCCCGGCUGGAGCGCCUGUCGCGCAAGCUGUCCAAGGUGGCGGACCGCUGCCAGGGCCUGGGCGACCGCCUGCUCCAGCUGACAGCCCGGCUCACCCAUGCCGCCCCUGCUGGGCCGUCCCGGAUGCCCCGGAGCAGUGUGACAGUUUCGUCGCCAGCAGGAGGGACAGUGGAGGACUACCCCAACGGGUCCUGGCUCGGAGAUCCGAUGGACCCGGAGGCGAGGAUCCGCGUCCCCAUUGCAUCCGCGGACCUGGACAUGGUGAACCGGACGUGCACUACUCCCGAGAAGAUGGCCCUGACACUGCUGGACUUCCUGUUUGACCGCCAAGUGCAGGCCACAUCCAACAUCUCUGGGACGGGCCGCCACGGCAAACACCAGCUGGAUCCCCUGCGCAUUUUUGGCAUUCGCUGUCACCUGGUGUACCAGUUCGGCAUUGGUGAACACGACUGGCACCGAAUUAAGCAGAACAUGGACUCCAAGUGCCGGACGGCAUUCAGGCGCAAGCACCGAGGGAUGUCCCUUGUGGUCAAGGCCUUCCGAGAUAGGGCACCCCAGGGGGCGGGGCAUCGGGGCCAAGUGCUGGCAGAGCUCGGCUCGGCAUCCUCGGUGCCCAUCACCCUACUCUCGGAGGACAUGGCUGCCCGCAUCGCCUCCAUGGAGCCACAGAUCAUCCGCACGGAGCACGGCGACAUUCAGGUGGUCCAGGCGACGGCCGAGCAGCUGGCGCAGAUGGAAGGGGAUCCACGGAUCCACAUCCUGGCCAGUGCACAAGUGCUGAGCACAGAUGAGCAGGAAGCAGACGACGACCUGCAGCCCUGACGUCCCCUCAAGUGUGCGGCACGGAGCGACAGCUGGGUGGGAAGGGCUGCAAAGCCUUUCGAGGCACUGGUGAGACCUGUUGGGUCCAGGUGGCUUCUGGCCAAGUGCUGCAGACUGGCUCAGUGUGUUGGACUGGAAAUUGUGCUACAACUGAAAAUACUCUCAAAGGUGGUACAAACAUUGAGGCAAUAUUGUUUUUCUCUCAUCAAAUUGACUGCAGGGAUCAUCUCGCAUGUGGGCCACGAGUCACUCAGAAGAGCUUCGACACUCUUUUCUCUCGUUAUCCGACCCUCCUUCGAGUCGGAAUUUGUUUGACGUGUGUGUGCUGCCAUUUUGUUGCUUGGAGCUGCACAGGAGAUACGACUGUGAGCAAGUAGAACAGAAAGACUAUGAAGCAUUGGUUACUCUGGCCAAGGUUAUCUCCUGGCCUGACCACAUUUGCGAGUGAGGUAAACUCGCCCUGCGUGCUGAAAUUAAGGUAGUGGGAGGCUGCCACCAUUGGAUUACUUUUCGGAGUCUCCCAGAGUGGGAGCUCUGCCGACUUUACGAAGAGAGAUCCCUCGUGAUCUCUAGCAAAGGAUGGGCACAUGAGGUCCAGGCAUUGCAAGAAGUCAACACUGGUUUAAUUUCUGGUAAACAAGCUGGCCAACAUUAACACUUGCACGCAAACGUACAACAUGCAGCUUAGGAAGGAUUACCGCUCCCCCGCCUUAGUUUCCACAGGGAACACUUGGUGUCUGAGAUCAGGUGAGCAGGUCGUAUGACUCAAGUCCCUGGAUGGACCAAAUUAUCACUCAAUUGCAUUGUUUGGCAUUCCACAUGUAAUAAAACUGAUUGUGCAUCCAUCUGUACAUGCAACAAUGCUAGUAAGGCAACCCUAGGCUCCAUCAGCAUCUUUCAAUACACUCAUUUUCAGCAUCCCUUGACGCGAGCCCUGCAACUUCUUUAUGAACACAGGAGAGCUUUUUUUUCUUUUCAAAACACCAGUUUGGCAGUCACGCAGCAUGCUUGAGACUCCAUGUAACACAACAAACAACCAUACAAAUUGUUUUUAUGAAGGGGGCUUACACAAUAGCUACGAAUCCUCUACAAAAUGCAGCAGGGUACUUAAGAGAUGGGGUGGUAAAAGGCAACAUUUCCAUGACCAGCAUGGUUUCCUGUGGCAAGAGUUUUUUGAGCUUGUGUUUGCUCCCGAGGGUGCUCUUUUUGUCCCCCCACUGGCUGAAGCAGUUUGGGAUCAGAAUUCGGAAUUGCUCAGCAUUUAGUGGGGGCUUGUGAGAUCGUUGACGACUCGUCCGUUGCAGUUGUGUCCUUCGGAUGACUUAGAUUUGGCAGACACAUUCUGCGCGCAUUUCUGUCUGGCCGCGAUUGCGGGGUACCUGCAGCUCGCUUUGGGGAGAUCAUACCCAGAUUUGUCAGCCUGCUUUUGUACACCGCCUGUGAACAAAGGUGGAGGGAGAUUCCUUGGCCACCAGUGUCUAAAAA